AACGCAGCCCACUGUAUUCGGAAUUUCGACAGUGUCAUCUUCACAGCAGCUCACUCGCUUCAGGCUGAACGGAGGUGGUGUCUUACGGGGACUCCCAUCCAGAACAGCCUAUCAGACCUGCGAUCACUGCUCCACCUCCUGCGAAAUGGGCCCCUGUCAGAUGCCAAAAGGUUCGAUAGACUGAUCGUUGAUCCUAUCCGCAACGAUCCAACUAUGAGCGAGUCUUUUCGAAAUCUCAAGCUCCUCUUCAACACAAUGUGUCUGCGGAGAACGGAGACCUUGCUCGACUUGCCACCAUCCACCACUGAGACGGUUUUGAUAAGCCAUUCUCCCGAAGAGACUGCAGCGUACGAAGCCAUUCUGUAUGAUUGUCGAGCCGAGUAUGAACGGCAGGCUUGCGGGAAGUCUGAGUUGAAGAGCUUCAACAUCCUCUUCCAGACUGCGCAAAAGCUUCGGAUGCUUUGCAAUCAUGGGACUUUUGUCACCUCAAAUCAGCACCAGCGGCCUCGUAAUCGGUCGAAAUCGAGAGAACUAGAGAUGACCGGGGGCGACUCAUGCGUCUUCUGCUGUAUGGAUGAGGACUCCAGUUCAUCUCUCAUAGUGCAUCUACACCGGUUUCCGGUAGUCCCUUCUCCAGCGCGAUCUCCAACCAGUUCCACAGCAGGGUACUCCUCCAAGCUCCUCACUGUUGCGCAAAACAUAGAGAAACAUUUCAAUGCUGACGGCAGCAAAAGGUACGCACAAGUACCAUCCAGCCGCCAGCUCAAUAGUCUAAUAAACCAUAGUGUUGUCUUUACCUCCUGGCGGACGACCCUCAAUUUACUCCAAAUCCUGCUCACUGAAUGCUCCCUCCCAUUUCUGAGGAUCGACGGGAUGGUCAACGCAACAGAUCGCACAGCAAUCAUCGACAACUUCAGCACAAAUCCAGACAUCCCAGUCUUACUUCUGACCAUCAAUUCCGGCGCCGUUGGUUUGACCAUCACAGCAGCAAAUGUCGUCCACCUCGUCGAACCAAUCUACAACCCAGCCAUCGAAGCACAAGCUGUUGCCCGAGUGCUCAGGAUGGGCCAGACUCGGCCGGUCAAGAUUCUUAGAUAUGUGACGGAAGAAACGAUUGAGCCGGUACGCUUCCUCGUCGCUGACUGA